ACAUGAAUCACAACCAGUCGCAGUUGAGCACACACUAGUGACUAUUGAAUAGACGAUGAUACGUAUCUGUUGUGUUUUGUUAGUAAUAUCAGCUAUGGCGAGUGGAGCGCCCGCAUCGAGCAAACCGCAUUAUAACUUAGAAGAUGCUCCGGCACUCUUCGAAAAGUUUAUCAAAGAUUAUGACAAAGUGUAUAAGGACGACGCGGACCGUGCCCUCCAUUAUGAGGCAUUCGUGAGGAGAUUGGAUCAGAUAAACAAAGCGAACGCCGCUAAUUCAUCCGCUACGUACGAUAUAAACAAGUUCGCAGAUUAUACGACGCAGGACAGUAAGCAUUUGACGGGAGUUCUCAGGCCUAAUACUAGUACAUAACGAGUUUUUGUUCCGACGACUGCUGCUUUUAAUAUGUAAUUAAAAUGGAUCUCCUUUUAUUAAACAAAAUUAAAUAAACCUUUUAUUUUACUGUA